CCUAGGCGACGGAGACGCGCGCGAGUAGGCCCAGCCGCGCCAUGCAGUACACGGGCAGCUUCUACCGCGGGCAGCGCGUCAACGGCAGGUUGGAAGGGACGGGGACGUACACCCUCCCCACCGACACCAAGUAUGAGGGCGAGAUGAAGGACGGGAUGUUCCACGGGAAAGGAACUCUGUACUUCCCCAGCGGAAGCAAAUACGAAGGGACUUGGGACAAAGGCAUCUGUGUGGAGGGGAAAUACACCUUUUCUGAUGGUUUGGAAUACAAAGACAAUAAAUGGCAUUACUGUGACGGCUACGACAGGAGGUUUUACACAGAAAUCUGCAACGGCCUGAAGCCAGCAGGGAUUUCCCAGCUGACCAACCUGGAUCCCCCACGGAACAUCCCCCCUGGCUGCUACGACUGUGGAGAUGGCUUCUACAACCCGAACACCAGAGUGGUUGUGGAUUACCGGCACCGCUUUCUGAGAAAUGCAGAUGACGACGAACACGAAUGGAUUGUGAAGACGUGCCGGAAAGGUUGGGACGAGUGCGUUGGCUUCAAGCCCAAGAAGUGAGCCGGGCGGAGGGCGAGGAAGAACUCGGCUCCCCUUGGGGUUUUUCCCGCCUGAGGACCCUCUCCGUAUAAUUUCUCCAUUACGGCCGACGUGGCCUCCCCCUGCCAAGAGAAGGGUGCCCAGCGGCUUUCCUUUCAUCGGAGGCAAUAAGUGGAAAUGGUGAGCCAAUCGCCCGCGAUUACGGUCGUAUUCCUCCCAGGUUGGCAAACGGGAUGCCCGUCAGAAGCUCCAGCCCAUCCUUUGCCCGACACCCUCUGGGUUCACUGGCCCCUCCCGAGGGGAGAAGGAGCCGGAUUUUAUUGUGGGGCUGGGGUUUGGGUUUUUUUUUUUGUCGUCCUUUUGUUUUGCCCUCCGCAUCGACCCGUCCCAAGGCAAAGAAGGGGAGCCGGGAUGAGGAGUCCCAAAGCAAAGAAAAGGGAAGCGGUCUUCCUUUGAUGUCAGUGCCCGCACCUCGACUCGACUUAACUUUAUUUAUUACACAAAUAAGACAUUUACAAAGCACGACAGUAAAAGGGAGCUAAUAAAACAAACAUUGGUUUU